CUCAGAGAUUCUAUCUACAAGAACCAAACCGCAGAAUCUUUCAAAGAAUCAUUCAAGCCGAAGGCAAUGGCCACAAAGAUGUUGGACAAGGUCUCGAGGAAAAUAUGCCCCGAUCUCCGACAUUUUGUCGUUUUUUCGUCCGUCUCAUGCGGCCGAGGAACCGCUGGGCAAACUAAUUAUGGAAUGGCUAAUUCAAUCAUGGAGAGAAUAUGCGAGAGAAGAGUACAAGACGGAUUACCCGGAAUGGCUAUACAAUGGGGCGCGGUGGGUGAUGUUGGACUUGUUGCCGACAUGCAAGAGAACAAUAAGGAACUCAUCAUCGGCGGUACACUGCAGCAAAGAAUACAGUCCUGUCUUGAUUCACUGGACACCUUUUUGAUGCUGAAUCGACCGAUCGUUUGCAGUAUGGUUGUGGCUGAAAAGCGCGCGGGCUUUGGCAGAAUUAUGAAUGUUCAAGAGGCUGUAGCGAACAUCAUGGGGAUAAAAGAUUUAAAAACGAUUGGACAAAACACCCCAUUGUCUGAGCUCGGUAUGGAUUCGAUGAUGGCGGUGGAUAUCAAACAAACUUUAGAGCGGGAAUCCGAUAUUUUCCUCACCGCGCAAGAUAUUCGAAAUCUCACUUUUGCAAAACUAAAAGAUAUAACCGACAAAGACAAACGUUUUGCAGAGGACACUAACGACAUUGUAGAUUCGGAAGGUGGAAAAUUAUUUAUUCGGCUAUUAAGCAAUUUAGAUAUAAAUUCGGACAUUUGUUUAGAAAUGCCAACGAAACAGGAGACGGAGAGAAAUCGUAUAUUUCUUCUACCGGGUAUCGAAGGUUGUGGGAGCGUAUAUAAUUCAUUGGCUCUGGAAAUCAAGGCUCCUGCAACGUGCUUGCAGCAUGGCACUAAUAAUAUCUCCACAUGCGAAUCUGUGGUGCAAUCGGCUGCCACCUUAUUACCUGUAUGUACAAAUAUAAAAUAUUAUGUUAUAUAUACGAAAUUAGAAUAUGAAUGAUAUUCCAUUUCUGUGCGUUAAUAUAGACUCACCGUUAUUACAACACCAGACUUGUACAAAUUCCCCAAGUUUAAAAAA